AUGCCUCCCAGGAAAACGAAAGGUGGAGGAAAGAAAGCAGCGUCAGGAGGAGACGAAGGUGGAUCGCACCUGCACCUGGAUCAAAGGCCGAUAGAACCUACUGGUCAGAAGAAAGACAUCGGGAAAGAGACGCAGAAAUUGGACGCACAGGUUGCGAAAUGCAAAGCUGGCGUUGCAUGGGUGAAUUUGCUGGAUAUCGCAGACACCCUGAAAUUCGGGGUGUACAACGAUCGACCUGAAAAAGACGAGGAAACGAACAAAUUAGUUACAUCCUUCAAGACGUUGGGUAUCACACUGAUGAAAGACACGGCAGCAAUCCCAAUCAUCGUGGAUAUGAAACGCGUAGAGAACAAGGACUCACUGUUGAAGAAUUUCGACGAACCGGAGAAGGUUAGCGAACUGAAGAUGAAGGACAAGAAUCAUAUCGUUGUCGCGUCGGGCCAGCAUCGUCUUUCGGCACUCAAGCGAUACACGCAGUCCUUGCGCGACGAAGUCGAAAUGUUCGACAAGAAGCGAAACAAGAUCAUGGGCAUGUCGAAACUAACGCCAGAAAACGUUCAGCAGCACAACGAGUACCGGGCACAACAAUGCGACAUACUUGAUAUCCUCCACAACAUUGGCCAGUGGGGGGUGAUCGUGUACGAUCAAGACAAGUACCGUGAUGACGUCCGCGCAUGCCACCGUUCUGAGCGCGGACCAUACCUAUCUAUUUGGUCUGACGGGCGCACCCCUGUAAACGUCACCCCGUCACCCCAGCCGCAAAUGGAAGUCCAUCACGCGUCAACCCGUCACCCUUACUUAUUUAGACUUUCAGGCAUCGCCCUGUCCGAGUUGCUUGUGAUGGACGAUUAUGUAAAUUCCCAGCAGCUGUUUUGCGAGCUCGUUCUGUGA